UGCGCAGUUCACACGUCUUGCUCAGUGUUUUUGUUUUAACUAACGCUAACUCUGUCGACUGGCUGUUUUCGCGAAAAUGGAAACGACAGGUCUAACGAUAGCCAUUAGUGUUAUCGCUCUCCUUUUUGUCUCAGUGGCAUGCGCGGAGUCUUCGCCAAGGCAACUGAAUACGGAAAGUAUCCUAAUAAAUGUGACGGCGGGGACGGUUGUGGAUACACAGCAGCAAGACUCCAACAAUUUGCAGAUCAAUUUAAACAUAUCAGUGGGCGAAGAACAGGUGCUGGUCAAUGACAUCCCAGUAGAGCUGUCAGGGGUCACCAGGUUCAACUGUCAAGCACUCCUCUUAGACGGCAUCAAUGGAACCAGUGAGUUUGAGUCUGGGGACUUGGUGUCCACUGUCACGCGGGUGAUGGUGAGCCAGAACCGGCUAUACAGCGAUUCAGAGGAAGUGGUGGCUCUACAGGUGUUCAGUGAAGUGAUAGAGAUGGAUGGCAGAGAGGUCCAGCAGCCUGACAUGUGUGAGGUGAAAAUCCUGAUGAGCCCGGAUUUCCAGAAGCUUGCUCAGUUUACCAACAUCUACCCCAUUGGACACAGUGAGAUCUUCAAGCUUCCCAGGGAGAACGACGUGCUUGUAACGGAAACGCCAAAUCCCAGAAAAGACGAAGAAGAGCUGAUGUCGCAGACCACCAGCCAGUACCCCCUGAAGCACACAGAGACUACGCUGGAGGAGAUUGCGGCACCUGGAAAGCUCCCGGAGACUCCGCUUCGCAUGGACCCCGACCUUCUGUACGACAUCAGAUACGAUGAUGAUUUUGAUGUCAGGAAGCCGAAGCAGCCGGACCAGAUUCAGAUGGAAACUCCAACAAAAGAAUCUAUAUCCUCUUACUCUGCCAUGUGUCAGUGGGUGGAGGGAGUGAGGGAGCAUCUGAGGCGCUUCGGCUCUGAGUCGCUGCCACUCUUCUUCCUGGUGAUGUGGGUGGUGGUCAUCGGUGUCGUUGGGUCAGCGGUUAUCGUCAAGAUCUUGGACAUGUUCUUCCCGACUUGUGAACAUAAGCACAUCUUUCACAUAAAUCCUGUCACUCUCAUGCCGGAGGAGGAGAAACAUACUCUGCUGGAGAGUAUAGAAUUAGAGGGACCAGAAGAAGACCAGAAUAAGCCCUGAACGAGAAUUGACUUGGCCAGCUCCUUUUUUUUUCUUUCAGUUUGUUCUUAUUUGUUCUUUAACCUCGGUUACUGUCUCACAUUAUCAGCAUUUGCGCUAGCUUGUAUUCAGAUUUGUGAAGUGGUUGUGUUUUUUUCCCCCUCGGUUAUUCCCUUUAAGCAGCAUAGCCACAGAUCAGGAGCAGACCCUCAUACAGACUGGCGGUUUGUUGUUGGUCCACCACAGAUUUAGUCCCAUUAUAUAAUUGGCAGAGAAAGUGGGCGAUUUAAUAGCAAUAGGGCUGCGGCACCGACGCUCACAGGUCACCAAAGACACACUCUGUGGUUUUUCAGGGUAAAUGUUAUGGAAACCCCUCGCGUCAUGGCACAAUGACUCAUGUCACAAAUGUUACUUUCCUUUUAAUAUGACAUGUUGCUUUUUACUAGAAAAGACCUAAUUCUGUACACAGGUGUUUCGCCCCUUCAGAGAAAUGCAGUAGCAAAGAGGCUCACCCUUACACAUUUUUCUUCAUUGCUGUAUACAAUGUAAAAAGCAAGAAGACAGUUUCAUGUUUGUUAGUGGUUUUAAACUUAAAGAAACAACUUCAAGAUUACAUGCAUCGGCUUAUGAUUGACACCAACGUCAUGUCAUACAGCUAGCUUACGUGUUAUGUAUCUAGAGUAUGUACAAAAGUGUAAAAAAAGAUGACUUUCCAAACUAUUUCUGGCACAGUGAUUGUCUAGACUAGAAGAUGCAGAAAGUUGGUGCUUGGACCCUUGUAUCUAACGCAGAACCUGAAAGGACAUUAGCGCUUGUCCCUCAAAUGUCAAACACGGAUGAGGCCACCUAAAAAAAGAAAGGGAAAAAAGGCAGGCUUGGAAGACAAAUAUGAGAACGGUCAGCCAAUGAAUAUGAACAAACUGGAUUUUCAGAGGCUGCAACUGACAAGUUCGAGUCUUUAUUUUCACUGAAAUUAUGUUCUAGAUGUACUGUAGAAGCUCUGUACAGGUCACAAUUUAUUCUCCCACUAUGCUUUUUUUACCCCCAAAAAUACACCCCACUGCUGAAUGUGAAGAAAACCAAGGCAGGAAAUGCACCAUGAUGAGUUUACCCAACAAAUGAUUUAACAGGAGGCAAGUGAUGCCUCCUGACUGUCUUCCUUUUAAGUGAACCCAGAGACGAAUUCACAUUUCUUAAUAUGAUAUAUAAAUAUGAAAUUAAGUAAUAUUUCACCUAAAAUUUCAAAGAUUUUUUACAUUUUCUGGAAAUAUUACAAAUAUUGUUUUGGCACAUUCAAGGAGGCCUUUUUUAACUGAAUGUCACUACAUGAAAAAACACCUAAUUUUAAGGCCUGUUUUCUGCUAUUGAGGCUCAUUUAUUGAUUGUGUUUAUCUGUGACUAUCAGGUGUGAGUGGGGUUGCAAUUGGUUUUCUUUGACACGAUGUGUGGAGUCCUGUUUAUUAGUAAUGGAGAGUGGGAAGGGAAGUCCCUCACAUUGCCUAUGCAGAGACUGGACUGAUGUCAAAUUCAGUGUGUAAAGUAUUGCUAAAGAGUAGAAUCUGCACUUAGUCUUGACUUUCGGAGUGAAAACUGGACUGCAUGCAUGGUUUUAGUUAUUGCUUGAAAAGGUGGGUUUAAUUAAUCCAAAACUCCAAAUGUUUCAACAAGGAUUUUUGUUUUAUGUCUUUACUAUAAAAACACCAGCUUGUAUUGUAGAGGGUUAGGGCCAGGCAGAAGGGGGGAAAUAUUUAUUUUCAAAAUAGUUUAUUUGUAAAAAGUUUAUUCAUUAAAUACUAAAUUUGAAGAAAAAAUUAGAAAAAAAUCUGUUUGUUCCCCUUAUACCUAGUCCAACUACUCCUCUGCAGCUCAUGGGGCACAGCGCAUGAUGUACUGCAUUAGCCAAAAGGUGCAUGUGUAGUCUAGCUAGUGAAUGCACUUUGCUGCUCGAUUGGCUUUCCACAACAAAACUAAGAAGCUGCAUGUUGACUCAAAAUAGCUCCACCUGUCUCUGGUUCAGCCUCAAAUUCCAAAUUGAUUAACUUGAUUCAGCUUUGUGCUUUAGGUGGCACUAAAUUAGCAGUUAAGCAGACAAUGUCCGGCAUGAUGCUGAAUAAUAAAAUCACUAAAGUUUGGUGCCAACCCCCAUUUAAACAAACGGCAAUGUGAGACAUUUGUGUGCAUACAUUGUAUGAAUUACAGCUGGACUGUAUUUGGGUCUAUAAUCCUGCUGAUUAAAUGCUUUCCUUAUGACCAUCAA